CAAAGCAGCAAGGAGGUGAGCGGCUAGUGCUUCCCAGUGUGGAAGGGCAAGAGGGAGGAAAGUGGAUUGUCAUCGACUCUGGCAAAGUGAUAAUUCAUGCUCUUGAUGAGAACGCUAGAGCUUACUACAAUUUGGAGGCUCUUUGGACCUCGAAGAAGUCGGAAAAAGAAACAUUGGAGGAUUUGGAUAAGGCUUUUGUGAAGAUUCGUCCGAAGAACAACUCCAAGAGGAAACCAACAUGAAACGGGCAUAAUCAUCGAUUUUCAG